AUGAGUAACGCCUCCACACCACAAGACAACAAGGCGGAGCAAAAAUCGACCGGGGAGACUGACAAAGGCAAACCCAACGUAAAUUUCACAGAAGGUGGUGUUGAGAAUUACAAGUUUUACCCAGACGACCCCAAAAAUCAUCGACACAAAUAUAAAUGGGCAGCUAAAGAGGCGUCGAAAUUUUACGAUCCUUGUGAAGAAAGCAGACAAGCAUCGAUGGAUUGCCUUUACCGAAAUCAGGACGACAAGUAUGUUUGUCAAGACUUUUUCGAUGCUUACAAAGAAUGCCGAAAGGAUUUCUUUAGAAAGAAGAGACAAGAUAAGAUAGAUGGAAAGCCAGGUUGGGGAUGGAGAUAA